UUUUGACUACCCAGCCUCAUGCUACGUACCAUUUUGACUACCCAGCUUCCUGCUUUGCAUGGUUUGGACUAAUCAGCUUUCUGCUUUGUUCAUUUGGACUAUAAAGUUUCCUACUACCUACAUAUUUCGGUCAAUUUCAUUAUUUUAACAUCAACUUAUUUUUUCCAUUAUGCAGGUCAUUCACAAAGUUAUGGAUUGUUUAUUGGCACCAAUGAUAUUAAAAAUUCUGUUAAUUUUCACAAAGAUGCAAGCAGUGUUUACAAGGAGUUUACAAAUCCGCACGUUGGUGCUAUUAAAAAAGAGAAUGCAGUUUUGAUGACAAAUAAAGGGGAUACUCACCUGCAACUAACUGCAAAAAAUAUACUCCAUCAACUACAAGAUUUUAGCAAGAAAAUGGAAAACCAGUUUGAAACGAGCUUCUUGUUUUAUUUUUCUGGACAUUCUUCUAACAGUGGAGAGGGUCUUGUUUGUAAUGGUGGCGAUGAUUUAGAAGUGUCAGAGUUGCGCAAAUGCCUUUACAAGAUGAAAUGUACACAGUUGCUCAUCAUCCUUGAUUGCUGUUUUGCUGCCGACAGGGGGCCUAUGCCGAGUAACUUGUUAUUUUCGAAGUCCGUGGAUGCCGACUGUGAAAACGACCAAGAGAUGAAAGAAUGUGGUGUUCCGAUUCUAUAUAAAUUUGAUACAGGUGAUGAUAGUGUUGUAAAAGCCAAAAAUGCCAAUUCAGCAUCCAAGUCUGCAAAUUACAGUGUCGUGCAGUGGUCAGCAAGUAAAGGCCAUGAGGAAUCAAUCGGUUACCGCAACAGAAAGCUCAGUUUGUUUACCCAGCAUAUCGUUGCCGGACUACGUGCUGCUGAGAAGUGUCACCUGAAUCCGUACGAGUCACAAGUAUGUCAUGAAUGCUCAAAUUACCGAGACAAAGUAAUGCGACAGGGGUAUAUUACUUUGAACGAUCUCGCUGACUACGUCUUCUACCAUGUCAAAGAAGGUAGCAUAAGGGAACAUAGGGAACAAACGCCACUGACGGUCUCUGAAGAAAAUACCAGAAAGCGACUACUUGGUUAUUGUAGGAAAUGA